GAUUUAUGCAGUAAGAUACUUGCACACAACCGUUCGAUAGGCCGCUAUCCGCUGCGCAUGCGAGUCACAAACUCACACAGGCAGAGAAGUUGUAUCCUGCACGGCUCCCGAGUGUGUGUGCUGGAGGGAAACUUAUUCUGCGUGACUAGCGAGCGUCGUUUCAUUACCGCCCAGACUGCAGACAGAAGUAAGGUUAUCUCCAAGCCAGUGCCACUGACCGACGGGCGACCCAGGGUUAUAAAACAAGCCCAACAACUCUCCGGCCAACAGUUUGAGAGCUAACGAGAAUAACGUUAACCUGAAAUGGCGACGGCAAUAUACUUGGAACAUUACCUUGAUAGUAUUGAAAACCUACCAUGCGAGCUGCAGAGAAACUUUACUUUGAUGCGGGACCUGGACAGUAAGACUGAAGAAAAGAAAGGAGAGAUUGACAAACUGGCCGAAGAGUACAUUGCUAAGGUGAAGAACCUGGCCUCGGAACAGCGAGUGGAACACCUGCAGAAGAUCCAACAUGCCUACAGCAAGUGCAAAGAGUUCAGCGAUGACAAAGUUCAGCUUGCAAUGCAGACAUACGAAAUGGUGGACAAACACAUCCGCAGACUGGAUGCAGAUCUGGCACGGUUUGAGAAUGAGCUGAAGGAGAAACUGGAAGUGAGCGGCUACGAAAGUACAGACGGAAGAGGACCGAAAAAGGGGGAAUCCCGGGGGCUGAGAGAGAAGCGUGUAUCCAGAGGAAGAGCAAGGAAAUGUUCUGAUGAAGAUUCUCCCAAAAAGAAAAAGAUAAAAAACAGCCCAGACCUGAGUGAUGCUCUCUUGCCUAUGCAACCAUCAGACGUUUUGGACAUGCCAGUUGAUCCCAACGAGCCUACCUACUGCCUAUGCCAUCAGGUGUCCUAUGGAGAGAUGAUUGGAUGCGAUAACCCAGAUUGUCCGAUCGAGUGGUUUCACUUUGCUUGUGUUGAUCUCGCCUCAAAACCCAAAGGAAAAUGGUUUUGUCCGAGGUGCACCCAAGACAAGAAGAAGAAAUGAGAUUUCUUACUUUAAGAAAUGCUUAACUAAUAACGUGUGUAUUUUUGGUGUAGUAUAAUGGUGUAAUGUAGAUAUAUAUUCAGUUCCUAUCACCCUCCAUAGACAUGGUGGGUCAUACAACUUUCUCUUUUCAAAGGCCUAAUCUGGAUUCGAAGUAUAGCUACACAAUUCACUUGUAUAUUAUCAGUGCACUCUGGGUAAAUUAGUCUAGGCGGUGGAGUUAAAAGUUGCACAAAUUAUUACCAAUCAGAAAGUCCUUCCUCUCAAGUCCUAUGUUGUGUAUAUAUUGUUAUAACUAACAUACUCUUGGAUCGUGGCUUUAACAUACUUGAAAAAUCAAUUUUAUAAAUAACUAUUUUU